AUGGAGAAGCACCAGGGCCUGGCUGAUGACGCAGGGACAUGGGGCAAGGGGCUACAGAGUGACCCCCAGGUGUCUCACUUGGGCCAGGAUGCAAGACCAGGGAGCUGUGAACUGGUCCUGCCCCCGGGUUCCUAUGUUGGCUACUAUGUUGCCGCCAGAACCGGCAUUGCCUCCCUGUACCAUGAGGGGUCUGGAAGCGCAUACGACAUCUGCCUGAAGCUGACACCAGAGGUCCUCAUGGUGCAGAAACAGGACGUGGUCUGUGUCGGGGGGAGCAGUCAUGGUGCCCACAUGUUUCCUAACCCCGUGCCCUCUUGCCACCCCGCAGCCGACCAGACGGGGUCGCUGUUUGUCAGAGACACUGUGCUGCAGGUGAACGGCACCAAGGUAGAGAAUGCAACCCACCAGGAGGUGGUAAGUUUGCCACGUUCGAAAUGCCGUGACAAAGUGACCAUCACGGUUGAGUAUCUCAGGUACGCACCAUCGUUUCUAAAGCUCCCAUUAGGGUCCCCGGGGCCAUCCAGUGCCCACGGCAGCCGGGCCUGCUCCCCACAGUGCAACAGUGGCGUGCGUCUGAACGGCAACCCCACUAGUACAGCGUCUUUGUCACAUUCCUCACCCAUAACUAACAAACCAAAGUACGAGAAGCGCUGGCUAGACACCCUGUCCGUUCCUCUGUCUAUGGCUCAAAUCGCGAGGUAGCAGACUGGCACGGAAAAAUUAAGAUGUUGGAACAGCAGUGAAGUGCUGGCUCUGGACGGGGUCAUCACGGGCGUCCUGCAGUUUCCUAUGGCCCGGGACAGCACCGACUGGCUGAGAGCGGUGUCUGCAAACAUCUGUGACCUGACCUUGCAGAGAAUGUGGAUGGCGAAUUGGUGCUGUUCCCCCUCUCUGCAGGUUGUGCAUAUGGGAUGGGUCAGCGAGAGACUCGAAGGCACCAGCUCCUGUCACACCUUCCAAUCCAGGCUCCUGGCCCUGAAAGGCUUGUGCCUCCACGUGUUCAUCUCUCCUCCCGUGAGCACAUUAGACUGGGCACAAGCAGAAAAAUCCUACAACCUCUGUGAAGUACUAUUUAAACUUCACAAGUUGUGGCUCGCAGAGGACCGCUGGCUACCCACGGACUUUGGCCGCGAUGACCUGGGGCCCUUCUGCUUCAGCAUCCAGGUCACCCACAGCUAGAGUCGCCUCUUCAGCAUGGAGCUGGCGACUGCUGCUGCAUGGGAGAGGUCUUUCCAAAGAGCUACCUUCAUGGAAGUUCAGAGAGCCAGGUCUAACUCACACAUGUUUAGUUGGCGAGGAGAGGCUCUGUGCUUCAUGGUCGAUCUCGCAUGGGGUUUCACCUGUUCCGACAGGAAGACAAAGGACGUGCGAUGGAGGUUCAAGUUCUCUCAGUUGAAGGGGUCCUCGGACGACGGACGCACUCAAGUGAAGCUGCUCUUCCAGCACCCAGGCAGCGGGCAGAUAGACGUGAAGGAACUCAAAUUCCCAGACCUGACGGCCAUCCUGCACUGCGUUCACGCCUUCCUAGCAGCCAAGGUGGCCUCCGUGGACCCCGCAUUCAUGGACAGCCAGAGCAUUACAAGGAAAGUGCUUCUGUUGAGUGCAUCUUUCCUCACCAUGCUGGUGAGGAAACUGACCACUGAGCCUCUGCCCAGGUCUGAGGCCGGGCUGGUCCUGGCGCUGGAGGAGGCAUGGGGGGAGCCAGGCAUGAGCAAGCCGAGCUCAAGUAAAGGUUCUGAUGGAGAUGAACGUACCAUGGGCCACGAGUUCUCUGUGUCCGAGAGGCACCUGGUGGUCAAGCCCCAGCUAGGCGGGCCAACCGUCAGGGCCGGAGCCACAGGCUCGCAGGAAGAGCACCGCUGA